AUGAGUUCAACUUCCGCUUCUACACGGGGAGAUGAGAAAAUCUUGAUUGGAAAGGCAAAAUUGCUUCCUCCUCCCCUCCAAAGUUCCGAAGAUUACGCUGUUACUUUCGAUGGGCCUGAUGAUCCUACCCAUCCUUACAACUGGAAAUUAUCUACCAAACUUUUAAGCGCUAUCAUCUCCUGCUCGGGAACCUUUAUCGUGACAUUAACAAGUGGAAUCCUGGCACCUGGAAUCGACAUCGCUAGCAAAGAGUUCGACGUCAGCUCAGAAGUUGGAACCCUUUCAACCUCUCUCUUUGUACUGGGGUUUGCCUGCGCUCCUAUAAUUUGGGCACCUAGCUCUGAGCUAUAUGGAAGAAAAUGGCCCUUAGCAAUCGCUAUGAUUGGAGGUGGGAUUUUUACCAUAGCAUCAGCCGUUGCAAAGGACAUACAAACAUUGAUCAUCUGCCGUUUCUUCGCAGGGAUGUGUGGCACAAGCCAACUCACUGUUGUCCCGGGGUUACUGACCGAUCUAUUCGAUACCAUGUAUCGGGGUGUAGCUAUCACGGUGUAUGCUCUGACGGUCUUCGUCGGGCCAUUGACGGCACCAAUACUCGGAGGGUUCAUCACAAAGAGUUACUUGGGGUGGAGGUGGACUCUUUACAUCGCUGCCAUUUGCAGUUUCCUGAACGGGGUCCUCUCGAUAUUUUUCCUGAAAGAAACAUAUGCGCCUUGCAUACUGAUCAAAAAAGCUAAAGCACUUCGUGAAAUGACAGGGAACUGGGGUAUUCAUGCAAAGCAAGAGAAGAUCGAGCUGGAUUUUAUGAAUCUCGCCGAAAAGUACUUCACCAGACCCUUGAGACUUCUAGUCACUGAGCUCAUCCUCCUACUCGUCUCCCUUUACAUGACGUUCAUCUAUGCUUUGGUCUAUGCUCUACUGGAAGCAUAUCCAUUCAUAUUCCAGAAGGUUUACGGCAUGAGUCUUGGAGUUGAUAGCCUUCCAUUCAUUGGUCUAAUCCUUGGCCAGUUACUGGGCUGUGGCUACAUUAUCUCCCAGCAGAAGACGUACGCCAAAAAGCUAGCUGAAAACAACAGCAUUCCGGUACCGGAAUGGCGUUUGUCGCCACCUCUCCUUGGAGGACCAGCCUUUACUAUUGGAAUUUUCUGGCUUGGAUGGACAGGCUUCACACCUGAAAUUCCUUGGGAAGCCCCUGCUGCAGCGGGUAUAUUCAUUGGAUUUGGCUUGAUUUGUGUUUUUGUCCCAUGCUUCGUUUAUAUCGUCGACUCUUAUUUACCCAUAUCGGCAUCUGCUGUUGCCGCCAACAUUAUCCUGCGUUCGUCCGUUGCUGCGGGAUUUCCGAUGUUUACUACUGAAAUGUUCGAAAAACUGGGAAUUCAGUGGGCUUGUACACUCCUAGGAUGCCUGGCCACAUUAAUGAUCCCAAUUCCCUAUGCUUUUAGGUCAUAUGGGAAAUCGCUGCGCGAAAGGAGUAAGGUCUUUCAAUAG